UUAAACGUUUGAUGGCCACGUUAAAUGAUAGCAAAAAAUGACAGAAAAAAAAAAUUACCAGGUUGAAAACAGCACCCCAUUGUGUGUUUUCUGCCUGUCGCCGCCGUUUUCCAUACGACCAGCGAACGAAGAAAAUACGGAUUUGGCGCCGUCCAGACGUCUGGACUCGCAUUUUCUAUUUUCGUCACCCAUACGACGAAAGUGGAAAGACUUCAACAGAAAACGAUCCUCAACCAAUCUUGUUAAAACCGUUGCAGGACUGUUCAACUUCCGGACGAGGAAAACUUUGAAUUUGGACGAAAUUUUAACCACUAUUCAAAGUGCUUGGAAAUCGCCCGAAAAUAAGAGAAUAAAAAAAUCUGAAAGUAUGGAAAGCGGUUCCGGAAAAUCUUCAACGCAGACAACCGAAUCCUGUUCACCAAUUCUGCAGCGACGUAGAUUAAGCGCACCCGAAACUGUGAUGAGAAAGCACGUUUUAGCACAAGAACGUUGUCAUUCGCAAGAUUCCCGAAUUUAUAAUUUGGAUGAUUACAUAGGCUCUUGCAGCGAUUCCAACUUAACUAGAAAAAAAGAUUCGAAUUUUAUAAGAAAAUCGACACUAUUAAGAAGACUAUGGACCAACAAUAAGUCAAAAUUAACCGGCAGUUAUCAAGAGUGGCAGCACACGCGGGGAAAGCUCUGUUCGACUCCGUCUCUAAAUUCUUGCCAUUCCAGUCCAGAACACAGUUCACGCGGUAGGUGGGAUUCUAGAACUUCUCCGAUACGGAAUAUCAAUAGCAGUCCCAAAAAAUGCCCAUCGAAAAGCAAUAUUAACUCUAAAGUGCCGCCUCUACGACUACCUCCAGAGUCGAGGAAGUAUAGUAGAGACAGCACGACAAAGUAUACUUUCUCAAGUUUUACCACUUGCUCGGAUAAUUCGGAUUCCGCUUAUGCGAACAGCAACUCAAAUUAUUAUUCGUCAAAUAUCGCUUCGAGUGCUUUCAAUGACGAAAACUCCAAUAGAGUGCCCGAGAGUCAAAGGUCCGUCCAAGAGUCGUCCGUCCAGACCCAGGAGGUUACCAAUUUGAACGUUAUUUCAAAUGUAAAAUUAAGCCAAAAGACUUUAGAUGUUAUUUUCAAUCAAAUUAUGCAAGAAGUCCACGAGCUUGUGCCUGGUGAAAUCAAUAUUAGCACGGCUACCAUUAGCGCUAAUAACAAUCAGAGUGCUGCCGAUAAAAUUUCUAUCGGAACUGCCGACACGAGUGUUGACGAUAAAGCCGAUAAGCAAAUACAUUUAGCAAACACCAUGACGUCUGAUUUCGAAACACCCACGAGUUUCUUUCUUAAGACCGAGGGCUCGAGUGUACCAUCCGCCGACAGUCAGCGAAUUAAAAACUAUAUCCUUAGUAACAUAGAAACCGGAAGCCCCUAUAGUAAACCAACCGAAGCUUCCCAAUUAGUAGUUCCUAGGUUCUCAGCUCUUCCGAGAAGUUCCUCGAUGGAAGUGAACACCUCAGCAGGCGACGAAGAUAAAGAUGAAUCGGAUAGUGCUAGUUUCGUCGAUAGUUUAGAAGAUUUCAAUUCUCCUCGCGUCGUAAACUACGACGAAAAACCGGUGGGAAAAUCGAUGGAUGUUUUCGACUUAUUACCUGAAGGAUCGACAAGGACAAGUGCAACUUCGGUGAAGAAAUCGGCUGCCUUUUUCAUCCCCAUCGAAGUGAGGAAGACGAAAGAUGUGAAGCCGGUGUCGGAACUGCUUCCGGUGAAAGUGAGGGAGAAGUUGAAACAAAGGCAGCAGAAGAGGGAGGAGAAAUGUCAACAAAUCAAAUCAGCUUCUGGUUUUGGGAGCAUAGGUGCGGCGGUAGCCGAUGCCAAGACUAAACUCUCCAGUGCUAAUUCGUUGUAUAGGAAAAGAUCAAGACCUGUGCUUCCUAAAAUAGACCUGGUAAAGACAGUGAAAAUUGAUAAUUCAGGUAGAAAGACGAAAUCGGAUGCCGGAGAAAACGCAACUCGUAAAAAAGGAUCGUGGUCCUCCAAAGCCAGAAUCAAAUCCUCCGAACCGCAAGAGUAUUUGUGUGAUUUCGAGCAUACGAAAACGCACCAAAAAACGGAGUACAAGAGCACGCACAAGAGAAUAGAAAUAUUGGAAAUAAUGGAAUGUGUUGAGGUGCCCGGCGGAAGAUCUCCGAGAGACAAGUCGAAAAUUCCAAUCGCAGUACAUCACGGUCAGUCAAAAAAAACGUUCGAUAAGCCUGUGUAUUUAGACGUCCAAACGGAUAUUCGAGAUCCGAAAAUCGAUCAGUUAAUCGCGAAUAUUUUAAUCGACACCCUCAAUCACGGUCUAGAUGAUCGCACCUCAGAGAAAUUAAACGAGGACGCCAAAAAUAAACCAAAAUCGCCCGCGACGGGUAAAUAUCUUCAGAAAUUCGAAGUGAUUCCGGAAGAACUUGCGUCGAUUCAGUCGUCGUCCGAAGAAAACGGCAAUACUAACAAUAAUAACAAUCGAGACAAUGCGAGUGAAUUUUCAACGACGCUUUCGAGAGAUAAAAACGAUAACUUUAAAAACAUAAACCAAGAAUCGCCGCCUAUGAUGAUGGCCGCUACGGAAGAUUCCUCGUGUUCGAUUCCUAAGGGCUGGAUAACAUUUUAUACAGUACGUAAGGAUGCGAUGAAGACGCCAGACAGUACUUCAGAUGAAGGAAGACAUUGUCGAAAGAACAGCGAGGCUAACGAAAACGUGGAUACGAAUAAAGAUAUAAAUGGAAACUUGAGUCGUAAACACGACUCAGCAAAAAGCGACGCCACUUACAAAGUUAAAAGUGCGUCUAACAAUGAUCAUUUUCCUUUAUCGUCUAGCAGUGAGGGAAAAAAGAACCAAAUGUCAUCCGGUGGAAAAUUCAAGAAGAGCGGCUUCCAGAGGAAGGGCAAAUUUAGGAACAACGACGAGACUUGUAGUAAAAAUUCAGGUGAAUGGACAGUUACUGUAAGUGGCACUACCACCUACGGCCAAGUUGCGCCUGAUGUCGAAAUGCGAUUGAAAUUUCCAAACUCGAAUCGUCUCAGAUCGACGUUCCUCAAUCAAAAUCAAUCUGAUUCCGGAUUGGGCGAAGACAACUCGCAAGACAAAAACAUCUACCAUUUUCCGAAGAUCGAAAAUAAAAAGUCUCAGAUGACGGAGAGAAGAAUUAAAACUAGCAUUAAUUCUAUGAACGAGAGCUUACCCAAACUACCCAAAGAGAGGAAAAGCAAACGGAGAGAAUCGGCUAUAUCUAUAGCUCAUUCGGCUAUUGUUCCGAGGCAAAAUAAAACUAGUACAUGUAGAUAUCACCUGUCUAGACCGAGAGACAUCUACGCGUUACCAGACACCAGGCAAUAUUCAGAAUUAUUACGAAGAUUUCCUGAAAUACUAGCUGUGACGGGAAGAUCAAUUAGUCCGGAAAUGAAAUCAUUCGACAGAGAUUUCUAGCAUCUUAAUUUUGUUACAAAAAUAAAGUUGUUAAAUUUUGC